AUGCAAAGUUUGAUUCGAAGUGCUCUUCGCAGAACUGGUUCGCUGGCGGUGGUUGCCCGUUUUGCCAGUACCCGCCCGUUCGCUCCCGUCUUCAAUUUCGUGGAUCGCUAUGUGGGUCCCCGCGACAACGAGAUCUCCGAGAUGCUGAAGACCAUCGGCUGCACGAGUCUUGACGAUCUGAUCAAUAAGACCAUUCCCAAGGAGAUUAUCACUCACAAGAUGAAGCUCCCCGAGCCCAUUUCCGAGGAGGAGGCCCUGGAGGAGAUUCGAGCGAUCGCCAAGAAGAACAAGAUCGAGAAGAGCUACCUGGGUGAGGGCUACUAUGGCACCUACAUGCCCACCGUGAUUCAGCGCAACGUGUACGAGAACCCGGGCUGGUACACCGGCUACACCCCCUACCAGGCCGAGAUUUCGCAAGGCCGUCUGGAGUGUCUGCUGAACUUCCAGACCAUGAUCUCCAACCUGACGGGCCUGCCGAUCGCCAACUCCUCGCUGCUGGACGAGGCGACGGCUGCCGCCGAGGCGUUCCACAUCGCGCACGAGACCUGCAAGAACCGCAAGAAGUUCUUCGUGAGCGAGGACUGCCACCCCUCCACGAUCGCCGUGGUGCGCGAGCGCGCGAACCUGCUGGGCGCGGAGGUGGUUGUGGGCGACGUGCGCAGCGCGGACUUCUCGUCGAAGGAGUACAGCGGCGUGCUGGUGCAGUACCCCAACACCUACGGAGAGCUGUUCGAUUACAAGACCGUGAGUGACGCCAUCCACGCUAACGGCGGUCUGUUCAUCGCGGACGCCGACCUGCUGGCGCUGACCGUGCUGAAGACGCCGGGCGAGAUCGGCGCGGAUGUCUGCGUGGGCUCGACGCAGCGGUUCGGAAUCCCCAUGGGCUACGGAGGCCCCGCGGCCGGCUACAUGGCCGUGCAGAACAAGCAUCUGCGCAAGAUGCCCGGCCGUAUCAUCGGCGUGACGCUGGACCGCCACGGCAACAAGUGUCUGCGUCUGGCGCUGCAGGCGCGUGAGCAGCACAUCAAGCGCCAGCGCGCGACGUCGAACGUGUGCACGGCGCAGGUGCUGACGGCGAACAUGUCGUGCAUGUACGCGAUGUACCACGGCCCCGAGGGUCUGAAGAAGAUCGCGACGCGCGUGCACAAGAUGGCCAACGCGUUCGAGCUGGCGCUGAAGGAGAACGGGUUCAGCGUGAAGCCGGCGACGUACUUCGACACGAUCACGGUGGACGUGCCCAACGCCGACGAGAUGAUCCAGAAGGCGCACAAGAAGGGCAUUCUGCUGCGCCGCGUGAGCGACAAGCAGGUCUGCGCCAGCUUCGACGAGACCACCUCGGCCACCGACCUGGUCAAGCUGCUCGAGUGCUUCGACGUGAAGGCGGACGCCGCCGACCUGGACGCGCGCUCGUCGGGCGCGAUGCCCGCGGAGUUCCAGCGAACCUCGCCGGUGCUGCCGCACGAGAUCUUCAACAAAUACCACAGCGAGCACCAGAUGACGCGCUACCUGCACAUGCUGGAGACGAAGGAUCUGUCGCUGAACUACUCCAUGAUCACGCUGGGCUCCUGCACGAUGAAGCUGAACGCCACCAGCUCGAUGAUGCCCAUCACCUGGCCCGAGUUCACCAACCUGCACCCCUUCGCGCCGCGCGAGGACGCCAAGGGCUACCAGAAGAUCAUCGACGACAUGGACAAGAUGCUCUCCACCAUCACCGGCUUCCAGAAGAUGUCCUUCCAGCCGCUCUCCGGCGCGCACGGCGAGUUCGCGGGCCUGCUGACCAUCCGCAAGUACCUGGACUCGAUCGGCGAGGCGAAGCGCAAUGUGUGCCUGAUUCCGCGCUCUGCGCACGGCACCAACCCCGCCUCGGCCGCCAUGAACGGCAUGACCGUCGUGGAGGUGAACAACCUGGCGAACGGAGCCAUCGAUCUGCCCGACCUGGAGAAGAAGAUCGCCCAGUACAAGGACACGCUGGCGUGCAUCAUGAUCACCUACCCGUCCACGUACGGUAUCUUCGAUGAGGGCAUCAAGGACAUCGUGAAGAAGGUCCACAACGCGGGCGCGCAGGUCUACAUGGACGGCGCCAACAUGAACGCCCAGGUGGGCCACACCUGCCCCGGCGUGAUCGGCGCGGACGUCUGCCACCUCAACCUGCACAAGACCUUCUCCAUGCCGCACGGAGGCGGCGGCCCGGGUGUCGGCGCCAUCGGCGUGGCCAAGCAUCUGGUCCCGUUCCUGCCCACCAACCCGACGCUCCCCGUGCACAGCGGCGCGGGCAGCAUCGUGUCCGGCGCGCCCUACGGCAACGCCAACCUGCUGCCGAUCACGUGGAUGUACCUGCGCAUGCUGGGCAUCGACGGACUGCGCAAGAACACGGCGUGCGCCAUCCUGAACGCCAACUACAUGGCGGCGCGCCUGAGCAAGGACUACCACGUGAUGUUCCGCGGCAAGCAGGGAAUGUGCGGCCACGAGUUCAUCCUGGACGUGAAGCCGUUCGAGCCGUACGGCAUCACGGAGAACGAGAUCGCCAAGCAUCUGAUGGACUACGGAUUCCACGCGCCGACGAUGUCGUUCCCUGUGCAUGGCUCGCUGAUGGUGGAGCCCACCGAGUCCGAGGACAAGCAGAUGCUCGACCGCUUCUGCGACGCGCUGAUCAUGAUCCGCAAGGAGAUCCAGGACAUUGCCGACGGCAAGCUCGACAAGGACGACAACCCGCUGAAGAACGCGCCGCACACCGCGCAGGACGUGAUCUCGGACAAGUGGAACCACAAGUACUCGCGCGAGCUGGCCGCGUAUCCCACGCCCGAGACCAGAGAGAACAAAUACUGGCCGACGUGCGGACAGGUGGACAACACCUGGGGCGACCGCAAGCUGCUCUUCACGGUGGACAGCUACAAGAACUAAUCAACCAACCAACCAACCGCUUCCUUCCUGUUGUUGUAUUGUUGUU